AUGGAAGGUGGAUUUUAUUCAGAUUGGAAUGACAGUUCUUCAUCUUUAUUCGGAUCAGAGAAUCUGGAGGAAGAGUUGGAGGAUGGAAUUUUGAGAGCUGAAGAGCUUUUCUCUCGGAUUCCUCAGCCUCAGACACCAAGGGAGCCAAUGAAGUUUCUGUCCAGAUCAUGGAGUCUAUCCGCUACUGAAAUCUCCAAAGCUCUAGCGCAGAAACAGAGACACGAGCGGCAAAACCAAGUUCCAUUUUCUCUUGACCAGAACACUCCUAAUGUCUUCUUCCAUGACGCUGCUGUAGAUCCACUCACGGCAGGGAAGCUCAUGAACUCAGAUGGGAUGCGUAGAUCAGGGAGAUUAUCAAAAUGGCUUCACCACGCCAAGCCAAGCACCAUGAGGAUUCCGAAGAAAGAUAAAGCUCGUGUAGAGAAAGCCCAUGUUCACUCUGCUGUGUCCAUUGCAGCUCUGGCAGCUGGGUUAGCGUCUGUGACAUAUGAGGAAAGCUGCGGCAAAGGGUCAGGAUCCAUGAUGGCGCUGGCUCUAGCCUCAGCCACCGAGCUACUGGCUUUGCAUUGCAUUGAGAUGGCUGAGCAAGCAGGUGCAGAUCGCACUUGUGUUGCUGCCACGGUUAGGUCUUCCGUUGAUAUCCACAGCCCUGGAGAUCUCAUGACUCUCACAGCAGCGGCUGCAACUGCAUUGAGAGGAGAAGCAGCUCUGAAGGUGAGGCAACCGAAGGAAGCAAGGAAGAAAGCGACAAUCACACCUUGUGAGAGGAGCUUCUCUGACUCUUACUGGCCUUCAAAUUGUCAGUUUGGAUUGGAUGAACCAAAACUUCCUUUAGAGGGCGAACUGGUGCAAUGUGGGCAAAAUGGAGGACAGCGGAUUAAGCAAGUUUGUAUCUAUAUCAACAAGAAGUCUCAGGUCAUGAUCAAACUCAAAAGGAGACACGUUGGAGGGGCAUUCUCCAAGAAGAUAAAAUGUGUUGUUUAUGGAGUCUGCGAUGAGAUAUCUGCAUGGCCUUACAGGAAAGAGAGGGAAAACUCAGAAAAAGUCUAUUUUGGUCUGAAAACUGGACAGGGUCUUUUGGAGUUCAAGUGCAAGAGUAAGAUUCAGAAGCAGAGAUGGGUUGCUGGGAUUCAGUCUACUCUCCGACAAGUAACUUGUCUCGCGGAUGCCAAACGUUCGCUCGAAUCUCUGAGCCUAAGCGAUCGUAUGCGAUAG